AUGAUAAAUCAAUGUCUGUUAGAUUUCAAAAGAAACUUCACUAUUUUUUGUUUUGUCAUAAUUUUUUUUUUUUUUUUUUUUUUUUUUUCGUUUUCGUGUUUUACUCUUUUUAGAUAUUUAAUUACCUCCACUACAAUCUUGAUGGAUCCAUCCACCCAAGGACACAUAACGAGUCUGAUUCAAGACCAAAAAUCUACCUCCCUACCAUCAUGGAAGAAGCUUCUAUAUUUGCAACAACCGUACCCUGACAAUUAUACGGAUAAGUCAUUUCUAUCGCAGUUGAAAAGAAGCCAUCCUGUCACCAAGUACUCAUACCGAAAGCUUGUAGAGGAUUUCUCUUUGAUAUCCUUCUAUAUGUCAUGUAUUGUACUAGUGAUCUUGAUGUUUGUGGGGAUAUACAUGGAACAAUGGGAUCCUAUAUACCCAACACUAAUUACUACAACUACAUCCUUCUUUGCGUUUCUAAUACUUAGAAAUUCUUCAAUGAAUAUAAAGUCGUUGAUGGUGAUUACUUUCAUUCUACUUAUAUUAUCCCCAAUAUUAAAGUCUUUGAGUAAGUCAACGUCAUCUGAUUCAAUUUGGGCAAUUUCAUUUAUGUUGUGUUUGGCAAAUGCAAUCUUCCACGAAUACUCCGUUCAAAUAGGAUAUAGGCCAAUACUAUCAACAAACAUUUCAUUAUCCAAUGCUAUUGUGCUCGCUUCGAGACUCAACUCGACACUAGCAGCAUUUUCAUUUGUAUUAUUUGCCGUUGAAGUUAACAUCUUGCUUCCAUUGUACGAUGUAAAAAUUCGCCAGUUGGGAUAUAAUCGAAUCCACUAUACAUUGAUGGUCAUGGUAGCUCUUAUUGUAACUUCUGCAUUCUACGUGUUAGAUUUCAUGGUUUACAUUGUUUACUAUUACGUAAUAUCCACAUUUAUUAUCUUGGUGAUACCAUUGAUUUAUUUGUACUCAUAG